GAUUAAAGGCUGGGUGUAACGAUGGGGAGGGAAGCAGGCAGGAAGGAGGGAUCACCAAGAGCAGACCCGUCGGAAAUCGUGAGGCUCUCCCGACUUUGACUCGUUGGCAAGCAAAGUUCCCUUUGUGAUCGUGGAGCCUGGACUGGGCGCCCAGUGGGGCUGCUGCCAGGAGGAGAAAUCUUUUUGAUCUCCGCUUCCUCCUGUGUGCCCGACCGACGGGAAGACUGUAUGUCACCGACUCCCUGGACUCAGCCCUCUGAGGUAGCCCCGGAGGGUUCCAGCGAUUAACUCCCAAACUGCCGGACACUUUAGUCUGCCAGCCAUCUGCCAAUUUUUGUCCCAGCUCAGUGCAUCCUGUUGAAAGAGAGGGAAUGGCUACGGCAGAGCCACCUCAGCAGUUGGACAUGCCUGAGGAAGAUGAAAAAUGGGAGAAAACAUUGUGUUUGCCUGACCCUGGUGAAGCAUCCCUCAUGACUGAUACUGAAGUAGGGAAAGAAGAAGGCUGUGCACCAUCCCCAGGAUCCCUACAUUCUUCUGGGAAGGCCCAAUCAGAAGGUGAAGAAAUGUCCCGGGGACUCUAUCGCCAGUGCACAGAGGAAGCUGAGAGCCCAAGAAACAGCGGCCAGCCAGAUGAUGACAACAGCUGGGAUUCCCAGGAGGUCCUUGUGAGCUCCCCUUGCUCAGUCACAUCUCACCCAGAGAGUGAGAAUGAGGAAGAGAAACCAGAGAUUGUGGAGUCGUGCAUGGCCUUGUUGGGAGCCUGUGAAAGGAGUAUGUCUUCAGAUGUUAAGGAAAGGAAAGCCCAAGAGAAGCAAGAUAAAGGCUACUUUGGAGGGAGGUGGACUGGCCCUUCUCCCUACAUGGAGGUUCUUGGCAACACUCAAGACUCUGUGAUCCACCAAGGACCCAGCACCCAUCACAAGGUGGCCAGACCCCCCAACCUCAUUAGCCGCCAGAAACUGCACGGGAGCAAGAAGCUCCAUCAGUGUGCUGACUGCGGGAGAGGCUUUGGCAUCAUCUCAAACCUCAUCCGCCACCAGGGGACCCACAUGGGAGAAAAACCCUACAGAUGUCCCGACUGUGGGAAAGGAUUUGGUCACAGCUCAGCCCUGAUCACUCAUCGGCGUAUCCACACUGGGGAGAAGCCAUACAUGUGCAACGAAUGUGGGAAAAGCUUCAACGUGGUGUCUAACCUUCUGCGCCAUCAAAGGAGCCACACAGGAGAGAAGCCUUACCAAUGCCCCGACUGUGGGCGUUGUUGCAGCCAAAGGUCCCACUUGAUCACCCACCGGCGCCUCCACACAGGAGAGAGGCCUUAUCAGUGCCUAGAGUGUGGCAAGAGCUUCAAUGUCAGCUCUGACCUGAUCAAACACCGGAGAAUCCACACAGGUGAAAAGCCCUACGAGUGCUGUUACUGUGGAAAGCGCUUCAGUGGCAGUUCCAACCUCAUCACGCAUCAGAGACUUCAUACAGGUGAAAAGCCCUAUGUCUGCCCUGAGUGUGGCAAAAGCUUUACUAUCAGCUCCAAGCUGAUCUCUCAUCAGAGAGUCCACACAGUGGAGAAACCCUACGAUUGCACAGACUGUGGGAAAAGUUUCAGUGAGCGGCCCCGCCUGACCAGGCACCAGCAGAGUCCCUACCGCGGGGAGAAACGCUUCAAGUGUGCUGACUGUGAGAAGAGCUUCACUACCAGCUCCUAUCUUAUCACCCACCAACGCACCCACACGGGGGAGACCCCUUACAUCUGUGGGGACUGUGGGAAAAGCUUCACAGUCAUCUCCAACCUGGCCAGGCACCAGAGAAUCCACACGGGUGAGAAGCCCUAUCAGUGCCCCGACUGUGGAAGGAGCUACAGCCAACGUGCCCACUUGACAACACACCUGAGAGUUCACACAGGAGAGAAGCCUUAUGUCUGUUCAGACUGUGGAAAGAGUUUCAACGUCAAUUCAUCCCUCACUAAGCACCGGAGAAUCCACACAGGUGAGAAGCCCUACAUGUGCCCUGACUGCGGGAAAACUUUCAGCCAGAGCUCCAAUGUCAUCACUCAUCGGAAGCUCCACCAUGGAGAUAGCCUCCUUGGUGGCCCCAUUAGGAUCCUUCAGAUCAAGUAGAACGUCCCAUCUCUACCUAAUACCAUUAAGUACUCAGGUGGAACUUGUAUUUCAUCACCUAUCAGAGCCUCCAACUGAGCUGGAAUCCUUUCAUGUUUCAUGAGCUGCUUCAGCCAGCCUGUUCUGCUCAGUACACAUAUGGGCUGGAACCCUGGAUCCUAUGGAGACUUCAAAGAAGGCUUUCAUCCCAGCUCAUUUUGUCUUUCUAGAUCAGAAGAGAAUCCACUUAUAAGAGUAAACUCUUUUUGCUCAAAUGAUGCAUGGAGAAAAUGCAGUCAGUGUUCAAGCAUCACAUACCAUACUGGAGACUCUCUUACCCAUUCCCACAAAGAAGCAGUUAUCCUUAAGCUUCAGAAAGAAAGCGCUGUAGCACCUUUUGAACUUCCUGGAACAUCCUCGUUGUCAUUUCUGCAAAUUAGGAUGCACAGCUGACCCCAAACAGCUAGUAGGACCCUGUGAAUCUGAAGCACGGCUUCAGAUAACUGUGGUCCCUGGCUGUUCAGAUAACUGAAAAAGACCUUCCAGUAAAAAUAACCCUGGGUUUUAUGCCCCAAAACUGUUUGCCAAACCUCAACAGGACAAAGAUUCCUUGGCACAUUUUCAGGGUGGGGAGUAAUGGGGAAUGUUCCGACUUUGGUGCCUGACAU